AUGGCUCCAUCAGCAACUCAAGAUCUCGCUAUCCACCCUUCAACCAAGAUCAAAGACCUCGCUUCCCCUUCUAAAGCUACUCUUCCGCUUCCUGCAAACACAAGGGCUCGAUUGGAAAAAGCUGGUAUUGACCUCUCGAAUGGUUAUCCUACACGUCCGGGUCGUCCUUUAUAUCUCCAAGAUGUCUUCGAUAUCCGCAAUACACCACGAGAACACCACGACGCAGGAUCUCGUGCCGAUAAAACAAAGAAAAACCUCUUUGAUGCUAUUCGUAAGAAUAAUGGCAAGAUAGUUGAUCUAACUAAAAACAUCGGAACGGAAAUAAGUGGUAUUCGUCUUGAUGAAUUGACGGAUGAACAGAAAGAUGAAUUGGCGUUAUUAGUGGCAGAGAGAAGUGUAGUAUUUUUGAGGGGACAGGAUGGAUUGAGUCCAAAGGUGCAAAGGGACUUGGGGGCUUGGUGGGGAGAGGUUGAGGUUCAUCCACAAGUACCGCAUGUACCAGGACUACCUGGAGUAACCGUCAUUUGGCCUGCUUUGCAAGCUAGUGAGACAUCAAGGAAGACUGAUUUUAGAAAUCCAGGUGGGGCGAGUCGAUGGCACUCAGAUUUGGUGCAUGAACUCCACCCUGCAGGAUUAACCCAUUUACACAAUGACACUGUCCCAGAAGUCGGAGGUGACACAUUGUGGGCAUCAGGAUAUGCAGCUUACAGUAAGCUGUCUCCCGAAUUUCGGAAAUUCAUCAAUGGGAAACAGGCUAUCUAUGUUUCGACGCAUACCUACCUCGAUCGAGAUGAUCCAUCUGCUGGACCUAAACACAUAGAACGAGUACAUCCUAUUGUGCGUGUUCAUCCUGUGACAGGAUGGAAAACUCUGUGGGUGAAUAGGUCGAUGACAAAGUCGAUUGUUGGAUUGGAUAAGGCGGAGAGUGAUUUGAUUUUGGGAUAUCUGUAUGAUGUCUUCGAGAAGAAUGUGGAUAUCCAGGUUAGAUUUAGAUGGACCGCUGGGACGAGUGCUAUUUGGGAUAACAGAAGUACAAUCCACAACGCCAGUUGGGACUAUGAGGGAACAGAAGAGAGACAUGGAACUAGAGUCACGAGUUUGGCGGAAAAACCUUACUACGAGGAAGGAGCAAAGUCCAGAAGGGAAGCUUUGGGAUUGGAUGAUGACUAA